GUCUAGGCAACAGAGCAAGACCCCAUCUGUAUAAGAAGACAUUAAUAUAUUUUUAAAAUUAAAAACAAAGAUAUAGCGUAUUAACAAGUAAAUUUGGAUACUGGAUUACUGAGAGUUUUGGUAUUUAAUGAUCAAAGAGAAAAUCAGAAUGUUGAUGGGGAAACCCCUGUGAAUAAUGCUACCAUCCCCUCUUUCUGGAGAGCCCCUUCCCAUAUUUUCCUCACCUAAUUCACUUCUGCUGUUGCUUUAUGAUUCAGCACAAACGGCACCUCCUGGAAGCUUCCCCUAAUUAUCUUCUUCCAUAAUAUAGGUUAGAGGCAUCCCCUUUGUAUUCUGUACCAUCCAGUGCUUCCUCCUGUAAUACCAUGUGUCCCUUGGAAUUAGAAUUGCAUUUUUUGCAGGACUGUAUCUCCCUCCAGACUGCGAGCUCUCCUUCGUUGUAGGCACAGUGCCUGGCACUUAGUAGGUGCUUAAUAAGUAUAUUUGAAUGAAUGAAUGACAACACCCAAAAAUUAUUUGGCUAGAAAAAGAAGCCAAUAAAGCCAGUAAGUGACUGUUAGCAUCAUUUAAUUGUAUGAUUGAAACAGAAUCUACUUUAAUGAAAUUUCAGGUUACCCUUGUGUGGAAGUGUGUGUUUAAAAUCAGUUUAUAGUGAAGUCAUAAAAGAGCCAGUUUAGAAGGGUUCUAGUAAGAAAUCUAUGAGGCAUACCUCUGAAUACCAGAAGGCUGUGUUUGAAAGCAGAAUGACUUUUUAUGAAGUUGCUCUUAUGUAGGGCUCAUCCCAAAGAAUCUUUGAAUUUUAUGCAGUUUUGCAGAUUAUAUCACUUUACCAAAAUGUGUUAAUUUUAGGUGGAUUCCAUUUAAAGCUUCAUUGCCCAAAUGCAUUUGUAUUUUCUUGGAAAAAUUGAGAGAAUUGUGUUUUUAUUGACUGGUUCCAGGUUCAGUCUGCAGCCCUUGAUGAGAUGUUUCAGCAGACCGAAGAUAUUGUUUAUCGCUAUCAUAAGGCAGCCCUUCUUUUGGAAGGCCUAACUAAGAUUCUACAGGACCCUGCAGAUAUUGAAAAUGUACAUAAAUAUAAAUGUAGUAUUGAGAGAAGACUGUCGGCGCUCUGCCAUAGCACCGCAACCGUGUGAGCAGCAGGCUCAUCCCAUGGACCGGUGGUGGGAACCUGAGGAAGAGGGGAAAGAAGGAAGAGCUUUUCCAUUUGGUGCUCCAAUGUCUCCUGCUGGACCCAUCUUCUGCCUAGUGGAAGGGAGCAAAAUUUCAAGAAACAGGUGAGGUUGAGCAGCUUGGUGCAACCCCAUGGGGCCUGGAGUUGGAGCUCCACAGCAAUGGAUUUCAGAGACCACCCUGAAACUCCCAGUAAAAAAGACUUCGGAGACAUGUUAAUAAACUCAAGCAUUCGAUCAACCCACUUUUAAGUUUUCCUGUUUGCUUGCUUGUUUUUGCAUAUGGCAGUGAGAUUGAGCAGCAGGGAAUUGUUUCAGUGGGAAGUGGGAGGACCCUCAAUUCUAGGUGUGCCCAGAGGACCUUCCCCCACCACAGGCCCUGCCAGCCUCCUGGGACCAGUUCCUUCACUGAUGGCAGUAGACAUAGCCCAUUUCUACUUUCUCCAGGAAUGCUCUUUAGAGGCUGCCCCACCGAGGCUGCGUGCACUCCCAUUCUUACCUCGGCCUGCCCAGCCUAGCGUUCAGUGCCGGUACCCUUUGGCUUACGCAGGAGGAGGACAGCAUGUAGAACCCCGUCUGCAGCCACCAAGUCCACCCAGUUGCUGCCUUCUCCUACCUUCUGUCCUAUUGUUCCCGUCUCAGCCCACAUGAGGGCCCUUGUUUACGUUGGCACUCCCACCCGCUACUACAGGGAGAGGCUGGGGAAGAAGAUAGUGGCCUGAGUCUGGCCGGAUCUCUGGAAGGCCUCUCCCAAGUCUCACGGACAAUAAAGUGACUUCCUGUCUAGCACAUGGUUUCCCUUCAGAGGCAGUGAUGGGAAACCUACAGCCAGGGCUUCUGAGGGGCCCUGGCUAGAGGCUAUUGCUCUGCUUCCUCUGGAAAAUUUCAGUGAAGAUGAAGGAGUCCCACCGUAUUCAUGAGGUUAUGCUCCAAGACCCCCCAGUGGACAUCUGAAACCUUGGAAAGUGCCAAACCAUGUGGCGCCUGCCCUCGGAGCAGGGGCCCUAAGUGUUAAGAGUCCUACAUCAUCUCCCAGGGGGCUGGUCCCUGCCUCCGGGACCAUCAUCCCUGGAGCAUCCUCCUGGACCUCUGGCAGCUUUGCCAUCCCCCAAACCCAGAGGCGGAGGUCCCAGGAAUCCGUGGAGCAGAGACACCAAGGUGGCCGUGGGGUGAGAGGCCUUGAUGAGCCGUCAGACUCCAUCACUGGAGGGAAGGCACCAUGAGCAAGAUCAGCGAGGCCGUGAAGCGCGCCCGCGCCGCCUUCAGCUCUGGGAGGACCCGCCCGCUGCAGUUCCGGAUCCAGCAGCUGGAGGCGCUGCGGCGCCUGAUCCAGGAGCGCGAGCAGGAGCUGGUGGGCGCGCUGGCCGCAGACCUGCACAAGAAUGAAUGGAAUGCCUACUACGAGGAGGUGGUGUACGUCCUGGAGGAGAUAGAGUACGUGAUCCAGAAGCUCCCCGAGUGGGCUGCGGAUGAGCCCGUGGAGAAGACGCCCCAGACUCAGCAGGAUGAGCUCUACAUCCACUCGGAGCCUCUGGGCGUGGUCCUUGUCAUCGGCACCUGGAACUACCCCUUCAACCUCACCAUCCAGCCCAUGGUGGGCGCCAUCGCUGCAGGGAACGCGGUGGUCCUCAAGCCCUCGGAGCUGAGUGAGAACAUGGCGAGCCUGCUGGCUACCAUCAUUCCCCAGUACCUGGACAAGGAUCUGUACCCAGUCAUCAAUGGGGGUGUCCCUGAGACCACGGAGCUGCUCAAGGAGAGGUUCGACCACAUCCUGUACACGGGCAGCACGGGCGUGGGGAAGAUCGUCAUGACGGCUGCUGCUCAGCACCUGACCCCUGUCACGCUGGAGCUGGGAGGGAAGAGCCCCUGCUACGUGGACAAGAACUGUGGCCUGGACGUGGCCUGCCGACGCAUCGCCUGGGGGAAAUUCAUGAACAGUGGCCAGACCUGCGUGGCCCCCGACUACAUCCUCUGUGACCCCUCGAUCCAGAACCAAAUUGUGGAGAAACUCAAGAAGUCACUGAAAGAGUUCUAUGGGGAAGAUGCCAAGAAGUCCCGGGACUAUGGAAGAAUCAUUAGUGCGCGGCACUUCCAGAGGGUGAUGGGCCUGAUUGAGGGCCAGAAGGUGGCUUACGGGGGCACCGGGGAUGCAGCCACUCGCUACAUAGCCCCCACCAUCCUCACGGACGUGGACCCCCAGUCCCCGGUGAUGCAGGAGGAGAUCUUCGGGCCUGUGCUGCCCAUCGUGUGCGUGCGCAGCCUGGAGGAGGCCAUCCAGUUCAUCAACCAGCGCGAGAAGCCCCUGGCCCUCUACGUGUUCUCCAGCAACGACAAGGUGAUUAAGAAGAUGAUUGCAGAGACAUCCAGCGGUGGGGUGACGGCCAACGAUGUCAUCGUCCACAUCACCUUGCACUCUCUGCCCUUCGGGGGAGUGGGGAACAGUGGCAUGGGGUCCUACCACGGCAAGAAGAGCUUUGAGACCUUCUCUCACCGCCGCUCUUGCCUGGUGAGGUCUCUGAUGAAUGAUGAAGCCCUGAAAGUCAGAUACCCGCCGAGCCCGGCCAAGAUGACCUGGCACUGAGGAGGGGCUGCUCCGCCUGGCCUGGCCACACUGUGUCCCAUUGGAGUGCGGACCACCCUCGCUGGCUCUCCUGGCCCUGGGAGAGUCACUCCUGCAGCCCCAGCCCAGCCCCGCUCCUCUGCUGACCUGCUGUCCUGUGCACACCCCACUCCCCCAUGGGCCCGGGCCUCACCACUCCAAGUCCCCACCCCAUUCUAGACCAAUAAAGAGAUGAAUACAAUUUUCUAACUCAGCAAA